AUUUCAAGAACAUAUGUUUUGUCUGUCAACAAUCUCUGAACUUAAUUGACCAACUAUGGUCAACUUAAUAAACGAGGUGAAAAUCUAUGCUUCCAGCGUCUUCUUAAAAGCAGGGAUAUAUGUAGCAUUUAUUGAUUUGAUACUUCAAACAAUUUGGAUAUCUGAUGUAUAUUUCAUACUAACAGAUCUAUAUUACAUUCAGCAUUAUAAUAACACAGUGACAAUGUUCUUUCCAAAGAGUUUUUAUGGGAAUCCAAAUUUGGGCCAAUUUUAUAUACUGUUUGGUUCAGCUAUGUUGAUGCACAUGCUGAGCGUGUCAGCCCUUCUUGCUGUUCUUCAUGUGGCUGCAUACCUUCUCAACAAUCAGUCUUUCAUCAAAAUUUGGAUGAACUCCAAGCCGAUAUUUUUAAGUCUGUCCUUAAUACCUUUUAUCAUAAUGUGCCUCGGUGAGAGAAAACUGUUCACACUUUUACAUGCCAUAUUCUAUUUGUGCUACUCAACAUUGGUGAUAUGUUGGAUUCUAAAAACCCGUUACUGUUUUCAAGAUAAAAAGAAACCGACUCAUCUGUGGGGCUGAUUUAUUAACAAAAAAAACAUAAAUAUACAGCUGCUUAUUUUGAGUUC